UUUCCCUAGAUUUUACUCUUAUUACCACAUUCAAUCAUUCGUAUCUCGUAGUUCAUACAUAGUUCCCUCCGUCUCUACGUAUACACAGUUCCCAAAACUCCCUGAAUACAGGACAGAAGCUUUUGGCUUUCCACUUCACUUUGGUUUCAGUCUGUCAAAUGAAAACAAAUCCCACUAUAUAAAUCCACUUAAUUUACUCAUUAGUCCAAUCACUUUUUUUUCUGGCUUUCUGAACUGUUUCCCCAUCGGAAAAAAAUCUACGAAAAGUAUCUCUCUUUUUCCUCCGAUUUCAGCUACCAUUUUCCUCCCACAAGCAAUUCCAAGUCCAGUUGUUAACUUCAUUCUCAAAUCCCUGUUCAGACUUUAAGACCCACCUCAAUCAGUGUAUAUAUAGAUAGUUCCUUCUUUUUUUUUUGUUCUUUUGCUUGAAUUUGUAGCAAAAAAGUUGUAGCAAGACUCUGUUUUUCUCUUCUGCACUUUUUUAAUGGCGGCAGCUGAACAGAGCAUAACGAUCCAUGAACCAUUAGUCGGAAACAGCAAUAACAACAACAAUCACUACCCGUAUUCAGAUGGGCCGAACGACGCCGUUCUGAAGAAGCACUUGGCGAAAUUAGAGACUUUUCUGAGGAUUUUUGGCUUCUGCCAGUACUCUUUCUUCAGUGGUCUUCUCUCAUGGCUGGCUUACUUGGUGAUUGCGAUAUUGUUGCCUCUUUGGACCCUUUAUUACGCUUAUUGUUCCAACUGCGAGCAGUACCAGAUCAGGACUUUUGAGCUUCAGAUUUUCGCAUCUCAAGCUCUGGUGGCUGGGAUCUCGUUGCUCUGUAUUUCUCAUAAUCUGAGGAAACAUGGUAUUAGGAAGCUCCUGUUUGUCGAUCGUUAUCAUGGCAUGGCUCAGUUUACGCCCCAGUAUUUAGAGAAAUUCAAAGGCUUUUACCGGUCACUUGUUACGUGGGUUGUCGUAGGCUUUUUGUUAAAGGCUGCUCGUGAAGUAGUCCGCGCAAUAUAUCUCCAUGACGAGCUUUGGUGGUGGUCUGUGGCGGUGCUGGUUGUUUCACUUGUUUCUUGGACAUACUCUACUAUACUCUUUCUAUCAGGCACGGCCCUUUUCAAUUUGGUGGGCAAUUUACAGAUCAUACACUUUGAAAACUAUGGGAAACUUUUGGAGAGGGAUAUGGAUGUUUCAGUCUACAUUGAGGAACACAUGCGUCUUACCCACUACUUGUCUAAAAUAAGUCACAGAUUUCGCAUUUUUCUGCUCCUGGAAUUCUUGGUUGUCUCUGCGAGUCAAUUCGUGGCUCUACUGCAGACUACAGGGAACAAGGGAAUAAUUAACUUCCUUAAUGGCGGUGAUUUCCUGGUAUUAUCAAUUGUCGAGCUCGUCGGCAUAGUGCUUUGCCUGAAUGCAGCGGCAAAGAUUUCACAUAGAGCUCAAGCUAUUGGCUCAGUUGCCAGCAGAUGGCAUAUGCUAGUUACAGCUAACUCUAGUGACGUUUCCGCUUCCUUUAUGUCAAAUGGCGGAAACCCGGAUCCUCUCAAUACAGUUGGUUCAUUGACUGUGAACUAUUCCGAAAGUGAUUUGGAGUCCACUAGUGACUUCAUUCCUUUGCCUGCAACUGUGCAACUUACUUCUCAGAUGACAUCAUUCCACAAAAGACAAGCCUUUGUAACAUAUGUGCAGUCAAAUACUGGCGGAUUUAGCAUUUUUGGCUGGAUAAUCGACCGGAUGCUCAUCAACACUAUUUUCUUCAUCGAGCUUUCACUUGUCUUCUUCGUACUCGGGAAGACGAUUACUUUCACUACCAGAUAAAGCGCAAGACUAUAAGUUGGUUGAUGGAUAGCUCACACUGGUUGGUACCCCUUUUUGUUCGAUGUGACUUUGUGAGAGCUGUGUACUCUGCUAAGGUAGUAAGUUGUAACAAACGAAUUCUGUAUCCGGUUGAACAUGUUAAAAAUGGCAUGUUCGACUGUGUAAUUUUGGACUGCAAAUACUACUCUAUGUAGUGGAAGAAUAUAUCCUGAUUAUUGUUGUAUUAAUCUAAAAUGACCGAAUUGAUAUUAUUUUACUUCUCUUUUCGGCUUCCUUCGAUUUAGAAGCCACAUUUUUUAAGCUUUGGUGGUUAUAUUUGCAAGAUGAACAGCUAAGUGUGACUUCUCUAUGAAGCUCAAAGUCUCAUUUGCAACUCUCAUUCACGUUUUGGAUAAGAUUCAGCUUGCACUUUGAAUAUAUU